AUGGACGGCGUGGGGGCCGGGGAGGAUCUGAGCCAAGAUUCAAAAUUGAAUGGCGACAGUUCGGAUCGCGUGGUGGUGAUCGGCGCCACGAACAGGCGGGACGCGUUGGAUCCGGCUCUGAGGCGGCCAGGGCGGCUCGAGCGCGAGCUUGAGCUGCGGCUGGCCGCGAGGGAAUUGUUUGAGAUUGGGUACAUCCUGCUGCUGCCGCUGCUGUCGCUGCCGCUGCUGCUGCUGCCGCUGCUGCCGCUGCCGCUGCUGCCGCCGCUGCCGCCGCUGCCGCCGCUGCCGCUGCUGCCGUUGCUGCCGCUGCUGCAACUAUUGCCGCUGCUGCGGCUGGCGCACGUCCGCCACAGCCUGACCCCCGAGCAAGCAGCCCGCCUGGCAGCUUCCGCCCACGGCUUUGUCAGCGCUGACCUGGCGGCGCUGGUGGACGAGGCAGCGCUGUGCGCGCUGAGGCGCGUCGUGGCGGCGCGGGCCGCUGCGGGCGAGGGCGCCGGCGCAGGCGGUGGCGGGCGCGAGGAGGAGCAGGAGGGAGGCGGGCAGCAGAUCGUUUCAACGGGCGGCGAACGGCGGCAGCAGCAGCAGCAGCAGCAGCAGCAGCAGCAGCAGCGUGAGGAACGCGCCCUGACAGUGGGCUGGGCGGACUUUGUGGCGGCGCAGGCGCGCGUCAAGCCCAGCGCGCUGCGGGAGGUGGCUGUUGAGCUGCCGCAGGUGUCGUGGUCGGACGUGGGCGGCCUGGGCCCCAUCAAGCAGCGGCUGCGCGAGGCGGUGGAGUGGCCGCAGCGCCACCCUGAGGCGCUGCGGCGGCUGGGGGCGCGGCCGCCACGCGGCAUACUGCUGUACGGGCCGCCAGGCUGCAGCAAGACGCUCCUGGCGCGCGCCGUCGCCAGCGAGGCUCGCCUCAACUUCCUGUCAGUCAAGGGCGGCGAGCUCCUCAGCAAGUGGGUCGGCGGCGGCGAGCGCGCGGUCGCCGCGCUGUUCGCACGCGCGCGCGCGGCCGCGCCGGCCAUCGUGUUUUUCGACGAACUCGACGGCCUCGCUGGCAGCCGCCCCAUGGACGGCGGGGGCGGCGGCGAUGAGGGGGACGGCGGCGGCGGGCCGGGGGAGAGGGUGCUGGCCCAGCUGCUGAUGGAAAUGGACGGCCUGCAGCCGCGGCUGGGCGUGGUCGUGCUGGCGGCCACCAACCGGCCGGACAGGAUCGACGGCGCGCUGCUGCGGCCGGGCCGCUUCGACAGGCUGCUGCACGUGCCGCCGCCGGACGCGGGCGCGCGGGCGGAGAUUCUCCGGGUGCACCUCCGCAAAACGCCGCUCGCGGGGGACGUCGAUCCGGCGGCGCUCGCCGCGCGGACGGAGGGCUACACCGGCGCCGACGUGGCGGCCGUGUGCAGGGAGGCCGCGCUGGCCGCCUUGGACGAGGACAUUGAGGCGUCCGAGGUUGCGGCGCGGCACUUCGAGGCGGCGGUCGCGCGGGUGCCGGCGAGCGCGGGGGCGGGGGCGGCGCUGGAGGCGGUGUACCGCGACUUCCAGCGGCAGGGGCGGCUGGAGUCGCUGUAA